CGGCUCUUGGUCAUGUUUAUCCCCGCCCCCUAGAUGGACUCGAUUAAGCACAGUGCGGCUCCAAGACGCGGGUCGCGUCCCUGAGCUACACAAUGUUUGCUACUCCCGGACACUGUAAGAAAUUUGGGGUUAUGUGAGGAUUUGGCAACAAUAUACAGUUUAAAAGAAAGUGUGGGGGGGAGGAAUAAAAUUCAAGAAGGCACCCUUAAAGGGAAAAAACUCAACCUUGACUGAUCAUUGGAAGCUUUGGAAGCAAAAUAAGUGAAGCAUGCACAGUCACAAGAUGGGUAUGAGGCUGCGCUACAGACUGACCUUCCUGUCUGGGGUGCUUGAGUGUCUCUGCUUUGCUGGUGUUGUGUUUGGGUAUGCCUCCUUGGUGUUUGUGUUGAAGAAGGAUGGCUACUUCAGUCAGCUGUGUGUCAGUGCUCCUGACAGCAAUGUCACAACUGCUAUUAAAGACUGCAGUAGUCAGGAUGAGAAGUUUGCUCUGGUUUUCACCAUUGCAUCUUUCCUCAACAACUUUAUGAAUCUAUUUUCCGGAUUCAUUUUUGAUCGCUUUGGCACAAUGAUAACCAGGCUGCUGGCAAUAUCUCUAUACACGACUGGAACCCUUCUUGUGACCUUUGCUAAUUCAACACUUUCAAUCCUGCUUUAUCCCGCUCUGUCUUGCAUUGCUGUUGGGGGGAUUCUGCUCCUUAUGACAAACAUGCAGGUGGGCAACCUGUUUCCAGCUCAUCGCUCCACCAUCAUCACCCUCUACAAUGGUGCCUAUGACUCCUCAUCGGCGGUGUUUCUUGUCAUGAAGGUCCUACAUGAACAAGGCAUCUCAUUGCGCUCCUCCUUCCUCUUUCUGUCCUUGUGCUCCAUUUUGCACGUCGUGCGGACAAUCACUCUGAUGCCCAAGACUCACAUCCCCUACCCCGUGCCACAGGGCUACACCUAUGGAUUGAAAUGUGGAAAAGGCAACUCCUACAACGUGGAGGAGAAAAUGAGGGAUGAAGCCCUGGCAGUUUCAACAAAGUCAAGUUGCAGGAUGAACACAUCUGAGGACGAGACAGAACUCAGUAGGUCUGGAAAAGAUUUAGUGCCAAGUUUCAGGAGUUGCGUGCUGUCUUGGUUCUUCAUGUGCCACGUGAUGUGGUUGUCCAUCAUGCAGCUGAGACAUUACCUCUUCAUCGGCACGCUCAAUUCUAUGCUCAGCCACCUGGCCAAAAAUGACGCCAACCUGGUGAGUCAGUACACCAACGCCUUUGCCAUGACGCAGCUGUUUGGCGUGUUGUGUGCACCCUGGAAUGGACUCAUACUGGACAGACACAAGGGAAAGCCUCUUGGUCCCGGCGUAACAGAGAAGGAGGCAGACUUGCGUUCUGCCUCUGGCUCACUGUUCCUGACUAGCCUGCAGUGCCUGCUUUUUUCGUUGUGUGCCUCCAUUCCCUCACUGCCUUUGCAGUACUUCACUUUUGUUUUGCAAGUCAUCAACCGCUCCUUCAUCUACGGGGGAAAUGCAGUCUUCAUUAGCAUUGUCUUUCCAGCUUGUCACUUUGGGAAGCUUUAUGGCCUUGUCCUGUCUUUGUCAGCAGUAUUCUCACUACUUCAGUACCCCUGCUUUGCACUCGUUAAAGGACCUCUUGGGGGAGAUCCUUUUUAUGUGGACAUUGCCCUCACUCUGAUCACUCUGCUGGUGUUUAUCCAUCCUUUGUACGUCUUUAUCCACUGUCACAAAUCAGCCGGUCUCAGGAGGAACCGGCAAACUGUCACAUAUAAUGCCAAAGUACCCAAUGUGUCAGAAUAACUUAAAUGUGUGUACUUGUACCGAUAACAGUUUCAAGUGAGGUAUAUUGUGGACAUUUAUGUAUAUACUGUAUAUAUACUGUAAGUAGUAAGGGUGUAAUGAUUCAUCGAUACACAUCGAAUAAUCGAUAUAAGGCUCUACGAUUUAUUGGCAUCGAUGCUAAACGUAAACGUCGAUUUAUAGCGCCGUGUUUGACCUCGGACAUUAGACGCGACUUUAAUUUGAAAUCCAGUUCAUUGUUGCUUGCUUCCUCUUUCCGGGAGCAGUGAGCGGCGUGUUGUGUUGUGUGCAGAGCAGGCACGUGAAAGGGGAGUCGACAACUAGUACGCGGCUCCUGGGCUGGUGCUAUGGCUAGUGUCCAAAAAGAUGAGGAAAUUUGCUCCCCUUUAGGCUUCAAGUCAUUCGUUUGGAAGCACUUUGGAUUCAGAAGGAAAGAUGGCUCAACGGACAAGACACGUGCAGUUUGUAAAUCCUGCCAUGCGGUGAUCAAAUAUUCAGGGAGCACAAAUCUCGCCGCAUAUUUAAAGAAAAAACACGACAUCAAAGUUCAGUGUUAAAAUAAGCACUUUGUAGACUACAAUACUCUUGUAACUUCCUAAAUAAAGAGUUUGUAGUACCUUGUUGAUUUUGCAUAUGAAUUGUUAUAAAUCAGGAUAUUGUUCUAUAUUUUUUAUUAUUUAUUUAUUAAAUAUAUCGAUCGUAGAGCACUAUAUCGUGAUAUAUCGUGAAUGAAUCGCAGCAGGCUUUAAGAUAUCGGCAAAUAUCGUAUCGUAGUUCUUUGUAUCGAUAUGAUAUCGUAUCGUGACAAAACCCGCGAUCUACACUACUUACUAAGUAGUGAUUUUCUGACGAAGCCUUCAGUCUAACUGGUUAAAAGAAAAAGGUGGAAUCCAUCAGCUUCAUAGGCACACGAUCCCACCUGCUGGUCAAAACCUUGAAUGCCAUUUUAAUGAAAUGUGGUGGCCCUUUUUUAAAAAGAUCAUAGGGAGAUGUUUUAGUUGAACACAGUUUAUGCGUUCAAUAUGGGUAGGAAGAAUUUAUCUAGAACUUAUCGAGUCCUACCCCUUGUUUGCAUCGUACUCCAGUAAAAUACACCCAUGAAGAAAUGUAAACUUUAAUUUGUCAUCUGAUGUCACUCAUCCAUAACCAAUGCGUUAAUAAUAAUAAAAAAAAUCACUUAAUGGAA